GGUCUUGAGGUGCCAGCGUCCGGUCGUCAGAGCAGAGCCUUUUAGGUGGGUUGGGACAAUGGAUGGCCCGGAGCAGUCACGCUGAGCACAUCUGGACUCGGCUGGGAUCCUGCGGUGAAAGGAAGCUUAUGGAGCUCAAGACUGCCAGCAGCCUGGGGUCCCCCGGCAGGGCGGCAGGAUGCGUGGGGGAGGGGAGCUCCAGCCACCCCUCCCCCGGCUCGCGGUCCUAAGUAAGCAGAAGCAAAGCCUGCUCCAGGAGUCCCGAAAGAGCAUGGAUCUGGGAACAGAAACUUUUCUGACGGAGGUCGUGGAGGAGGGGACACAUCAGACUGCUUGUCCCACGGCUAGUCCUUAAGCUCGCUUGAGAGUCCCUGCGUCCCACUGAGGAGCGGAGCAGCAGCGAGGGGGGGGGGCGGGGGACGACGACGACGACGACAACUGGCUCUCCUUUUCGUGCUGGACAUUGAAAGAUUGGACUACUUUCCCCGCCGCGCCCUUAGCGCUCACCGCGGUGAGCUCCACCCCAUCAAGGCUUCCACUUGCAGGAGGGGCAGUUGGCGCAGCGCCCAGACCCGGACAGCACCUGAGGGGCCGGGGGACAGAAGAGGCCCCCAUAGUGGACUUCUUUACCGGACCUCUGUCCCCUCCUGCGCCCCUAGCUCCAUCUCGACCCUAGGCUAUUGCUGCUCAGCCCCCGCUGUGCCUCCUAGGCUCCCGGAUCUCCCUUGCUCAUCUCUACUACCCUGCGUCGGCUCCCUCGAUCCUCACCGGGUCCCUGUCCUCCUCCAGACCCCCAGGGCGGACGGAGUCAGCAGGGCCCCUUCGCGUGUCCCCAAGGUCCACGCUGAGCGCGCCAUGAGGCUGCAGGCGCUCGGUCUCUGGUUACUACUGGGUCUUCUGCUGAUUCUUCUGCUGCAGCCUGUGCGCGCUCCGAUUCCUAGGGCGCAGGACGUGAGCCUGGGCGUGGACUGGCUGACUCGCUAUGGCUACCUGCCCCCCACCCACCCUUCCCAAGCCCAGCUGCAAAGCCUUGAGAAGCUGCAGGAUGCGAUCAAAAUCAUGCAGAGAUUUGCCGGACUGCCUGAGACAGGACAAAUGGACCCGAUAACAAUAGCCACCAUGCACAAGCCCCGCUGCUCCCUGCCUGAUAUUCUAGGGGCUGCUGGGCUGGUCAGGCGCCGCCGUCGCUAUGCUCUGAGUGGCAGUAUGUGGAAGAAGCGAACCCUGACAUGGAGUAUCCAGUCCUUCUCUCAGAGCUCCCAGUUGAACCAGUUGACCGUCCGGACCCUCAUGAGCUAUGCCCUGGCUGUCUGGGCUGUUGAGUCAGGCCUUACCUUCAAGGAGGUGGAUUCUCAGAAUCAGGAGGCCGACAUUCUUAUCCACUUUUCCCGGGGCUACCACCAGGACACUUACCCCUUUGAUGGACCCGGUGGCACCCUGGCUCAUGCCUUCUUCCCUGGUGAGCACCCCAUCUCUGGAGACACUCACUUCGAUGAUGAGGAGACCUGGACUUUUGGGUCAAAAGAUGGUGAAGGAACCGACCUAUUUGCAGUAGCAGUUCAUGAGUUUGGCCACGCCCUAGGCCUUGGCCACUCUUCUGCUCCCAACUCCAUUAUGAGGCCCUUCUACCAGGGCCCAGUGGGAGAUCCUGACAAAUACCGCUUGUCCCAAGAUGACCGCGAUGGAUUGCAGCAGCUCUAUGGGAAAGUGUCCAACAGCCCAAAUGGCAAGCCCACAAGGAAACCCUUGGCUUCACCUCCACUGCCUCCAGCCUUGCCCCCUGACAGCCCCUCCACACCUGUGCCUGACCGCUGUGAGGGCAAUUUUGAUGCCAUUGCCAACAUCCGAGGGGAGACCUUCUUCUUCAAAGGCCCCUGGUUCUGGCGCCUCCAACCCUCAGGACAGCUGGUGUCGCCCCGUCCAGCUAGACUGCACCGGUUUUGGGAGGGGUUGCCCACCCAUGUGAGGGUCAUCCAGGCUGCCUAUGCCCGGCCCAGAGAUGGCCGAAUCAUCCUUUUCAGCGGUCCCUGGUUCUGGGUGUUCCAGGACAGACAGCUGGAGGGCGAAGCCCGGCCAUUGGUAGAGUUUGGGCUUCCCCCGGGAGAAGAAGUGGAUGCUGUGUUCUCCUGGCCUCUCAACGGCAAGACGUACCUGAUCCGAGGCCAGCAAUACUGGCGGUAUGACGAGGAGGCCGCCCGCCUAGACCCUGGCUACCCACGGGUCUUGAGUCUCUGGGAGGGGGCGCCCCCGUCCCCAGACGAUGUCACCGUCAGCAACACAGGUGACACCUACUUUUUCAAAGGCACCCAUUUCUGGCGCUUUGCGAAGGGCAGUGUCAAAUCUGAGUCGGAUUCCCCCCAGCCCAUGGGGCCCAAGUGGCUGGACUGCCCUGCCCCCAGCUCCCCGAAAACGACACCUAAAACUGGAACCUGCAAUUGUCACUGCGAGCUCAAUCAAGCCGCAGAGCAGCCGUCUGCGACCCUCCUGCUGCCCCUCCUGCCCUUACUGGCUGGAGCUGUCUUUUCUUGCUGAAACCUGGUCCUUCCUAGGGGAUCAGCUCUCUACACCGAAGGGAGCCGUAGUCUCCCGCAGGUGGACCUAGGGUCGUGAGACGCUGCCUGCGGAGUCUCUCUCUGUUUGCACUGAGGAUUCCUAGCAGAAGCCUGCUGACACUUCAGGGGUCCCCGAGCCUGCUUUCUGUUAGGGCACGGGAGCUGUGGCCACAGUCAGGGCUACCGCCAGGGGGCGGUAUGCCACCUUCCUCUCCAUCUUCAAGAAUGGUGCCUUGACCUAGCCAGUGCUCCGCCCUAUCCCGUUGCUCCUCAGAGGCGACACCACACCUGCCUGGGGUUGUGUGCUGCCUUCUGCUGUGCUGACUUGUUUUCUGGGAAUGCGCACUCCUCCGAUUCUCUACAACUGGUCAUUCUGGUGACAGUGGAACAGUGACUAUACUCUGACUAGAUGGUUAAAUAGGACCAGGACAUUGAACUCUAGUGCCUCCUGUAGCGGCUGAAUGUGUUCCAGAGCCUUCUUACCAUGUUGUUUCCCAUGUCCCUUUACAGUCACGGGGUGGGGAGAAAGAC